AUGGCCGCCUCCCAGCCCAUUCUGCCGCAGGAUGGCAAGCGAAAUAUCCUGAUCACUAGCGCUCUGCCCUACGUCAACAACAUCCCCCACUUGGGCAACAUCAUCGGCUCUGUCCUCUCCGCCGAUGUCUUUUCACGUUACUGCAAGGCGCGCGGCUACCCUACCCUCUACGUCUGCGGCUCCGACGAGUACGGCACUGCCACCGAGACCAAGGCCAUCGACGAGGGUCUCACCCCACAGGAGCUGUGCGACAAGUACCACAAGAUCCACGCCGAUGUCUACAAGUGGUUCAACAUCGGCUUUGACAAGUUCGGCCGCACCCCCACCCAGCAGCAGACCGAUAUCGCUCAGGACAUAUUCCUGAAGCUUCACAAGAACGGAUACUUGGAGGAGAAGACGACCGUCCAGCCCUACUGCGAGAAGCACGGCUCUUUCUUGGCCGAUCGCUUCGUCGAGGGCGAGUGCAGCAUUUGCGGCGACCCUGGCGCACGUGGCGACCAGUGCGACAAGUGCGGUAACCUUCUCGACCCGCUCGAGCCCGAGCCCGAGACAAAGGCUCCCACCUCCUCGGACGAGCCCGAGCCGGUCGGCGAGGCCAAGGCCACCGGUUUCCUCAUCAAUCCUCGCUGCAAGCUGGACGGCGCUGCCCCGGUGAAGAGGGAGACAAAGCACGUGUACAUUCGGCUAGACGCAUUGAAGGACCAGAUUGUCGAGUGGUUCAAGGAGGCUAGUGUCGAUGGCAAGUGGUCGUCCAACUGCAUCCAGAUCACCCAGUCGUGGAUCGACAAGGGCUUGAAGCCUCGUGGUAUCACGCGUGACCUGAAAUGGGGCACCGCUGUUCCUCUCCCCGGCUAUGAGGACAAGGUCAUGUAUGUGUGGUUUGAUGCUUGUAUCGGUUACGUCUCCAUAACUGCCACCUACACUGACGAGUGGGAGAAGUGGUGGAGGAACCCGGAGAAUGUCCAGCUCUACCAAUUCAUGGGCAAGGACAACGUUCAGUUCCACACCAUCAUCUUCCCUGGCUCGCAGCUUGGCACCGGCGACAAGUGGACCAAGAUCCACCACUUGUCUACCACCGAGUACUUGAACUAUGAGGACACCAAGUUCUCGAAGUCCAAGGGCGUCGGUGUCUUCGGUAACAACGCCAAGGAUACCGGUAUUCCUUCUGAUGUCUGGAGAUACUACCUGCUCUCGAGACGGCCAGAGACCAGCGAUUCCGAGUUCAAAUGGAAGGACUUCAUUGACGCAAACAACAACGAUCUGCUGAAGAACCUUGGCAACUUCGUCAACCGCGUGGUCAAGUUCGUGGCUGCGAAGUACGACUCCGUUGUUCCCGAUUAUACCAAGUACAAGGACGAGGACCAGUACCUCAAGAAGCAUGAGGAGGCGGUUAAUGAGCUGCUGAAGACUUACACUGGCCACCUCGAGAAUGUCAAGCUGAAGGCUGGUCUCGCGACAGUGCUGCACAUCUCGGCCCUCGGCAACAAGCUGCUGCAGGAUAACAAGCUGGACAACACACUGUUCUCUGAGGAACCGGAGCGCUGCGCCGCUGUCGUUGGUAUGGCUUUGAACCACAUCUACCUUCUCGCCAGCGUCCUGGAGCCUUACAUGCCUGCGACGGCACGCGGUGGCGUCACUGACAAGGGCGAGCCCAUCUCUGGUAUCUUCCAGCAGUUGAACGUUGACCCCGUUCCUCAAAUCCCUGAGCAGUGGGCCACUGGUACCAUCAAGCCUGGUCACAAGAUCGGCAAGGCGGCGUACCUGUUCAGCCAGAUCAAGGCUGAGAAGGAGCAGGAGUGGAGAGAAGCAUAUGGUGGCGAGGAGGCCAGAAAAGCUAAGCAGCUUGAGGCCGAGAAGCGGGCCGCAAAGAAGGCCCAGAAGGAAAAGGACAAGGCCAAGAAGGCGGCUAAGAAGGCCGCCGCCGCCGCCGCAGGUGGUGUUGAGGCAGCGGAGAAGAAGCAGGAGGCUGAUCCCGCUAUUGAGAAGGUCACGGAGGCUAUGAAGAACGCGGAUGUGCACACUUCGUAG